GAGGAGGAUGUGUGUGCAUGUGUGUGCGUGUGUGUGUGCGUGUGUGUGUGUGUGUGUAUGAGCCGGAGCGUUUACCAGCAGCAGUGUGCGUCUCCAGCAUGGACCCGGACGAGCUCCACAGAUCGACCGGACCUCUCCUCUGACUGAACACCUCCACGACUCCAGAACCACCGAGCGCAGACAGCACCGAGGAACCACCAGGCACCUGCUCCGGCAUGUCGUCCCCCAGCCAGCACGGAGGCACCGCCAGGAGCCCCGUGAGCCCCGAGCACAAGAAGCCCACCGCAGAGGCUCUGAAGGGGGCCAUCCAGCUGGGGAUCGGGUACGCUGUGGGGAACCUGAGCUCCAAACCCGACCGCGAUGUCCUCAUGCAGGACUUCUCUGUGGUGGAGACCGUCUUCUUACCCAGUGCGGGCAGCAGUCUCACCCCUGCACACAAGUUUCCAGACUUCAGACUGAAGACGUACGCUCCUCUGGCCUUCCGUUACUUCAGAGAGCUGUUUGGGAUCAAACCCGACGACUACCUGUACUCACUGUGUAAGGAGCCCCUCAUCGAGCUGUCCAACCCCGGGGCCAGCAGCUCCUGGUUCUAUCUGACCAGCGACGACGAGUUCAUCAUCAAGACCGUCCAGCACAAAGAGGCCGAGUUCCUCCAGAAGCUCCUGCCUGGAUACUACAUGAACCUGAACCAGAACCCGCGCACACUUCUGCCUAAGUUCUACGGGCUGUACUGUGUGCAGUGUGGGGGCGUGACUCUGCGCCUCGUGGUCAUGAACAACGUGCUUCCACGAGCCAUGCACAUGCACUACAAGUACGACCUGAAGGGCUCCUCCUACAAACGCCGAGCCAACCGCAAGGAGCGCGCCAAGGCCUCGCCCACGUACAAGGACCUGGACUUCAGAGACAUGCACCAGGGAAUCUACCUCCAACCGGACAACUACCAGGCCCUGAUGAAGACCCUGCAGAGGGAUCACACACAUAUCUGCAGAGUGCUGGAGAGCUUCAAGAUCAUGGACUACAGUCUGCUCCUGGGCAUCCACGUCCUGGAGAAACGUCCUCUGCGCAGAGGAACACGCCUGGACAGCCGCAAACAGAAGGUCCUCUACUCCACGGCUCUGGAGUCCAUCCAGGGCAGCGUCAAAGACCCCGAACCUGUGGCCUGUGACGAUGACACUCUGGGAGGGAUUCCUGCCAAACACAAAGAUGAAAACCUGCUCAUCUUUUUAGGGAUCAUCGACAUCCUGCAGUCGUACAGGUUGAUUAAGAAGGUGGAACACUCCUGGAAGGCUCUGGUCCAUGAUGGGGACACAGUGUCAGUGCACAGGCCCAGCUUCUACGCAGACAGGUUCCUUAAGUUCAUGAGCUCCACGGUCUUCUGGAAGCUCCAGCCUCUGAAAGGCGCCUCGUCCAAGAGGAAGCGCAGUUCUCUUCAGGCCAAGUCUGCGUCUCAGGAGGUUCUGUCCACACACACAGAGGAGAGGAAGAGGAGCGACAGGAGGGAGAAGAAGGCCCAGAGUCUGGAGCAGCUCGACUCCGACUUGUCCGUGUCCGUCCAGCAGCCCGACCUGGUGCCCAGGUCCAGUGUGUCCUUCCUGUCCACUGACCAGCGUGACGACAGUGAAGUGCGCCGGGCCUCCAGCUCCACCAUCGCCCUGGACGCUCCUCUGGCCUGUCUGGGCAGCAGCCAAUCAGACGACGACCUGGACGUGUACCUGGUGAGAAGCAGCCAAUCAGACGCCGUGAUGACCGUCGUGUGACCCUCAGACCCCCACACCCUCCUCAACACUACAGACAGGGAGCCCCCGCGCUGCUGUGG